GGGGAUUUCUUACAGUAAAAUAUUAAUAUUGAGCUUUGAAUGUAUCAUUAGGUUAAGCAAAUCAGAGUUUUAAAAUUCUUGGAAGAGAAUUCAUGUUAUGGUAGAACUCUUCCAAUCUUCAGUAGUAAAUCUGAUGGUUUAUGCAUAUCCAUUCCAGCUUCCGAAAGCGUACUGCAAAAGUUCAAAAAGACUUUCUCCCAUCUGAAACCACACAAACCAUCCGGAUCGUUUCCGGUCCAAGCACCACAGCAACAUCCAUCACCACCGAUAGGCAGCGCAAGCAAUACGCUUCAACAGCAAACCCUCUUUCAACAACCCGCUCUACCGACUCCAACAGUGGCCAUGAACCUGGACGGCGGGGGCGUCGAAAAGCAUCGCUUCGGUCCCCUAGUAUGGCGUUCAAGCAAAGAACGCCGCAAAACGAAGUCGCAUCGAAGGGACAAGUGUAACAGCGGCGACUCCGGCAUCCAGAUCGAACUGGAAGCCGACGAAACGCUGCUGGUCCACGACGGAAUUGAUAUUGUGGACACCAAGGUUUCACCUCACUCAAAUGCCUCGGUAAGGCGGGCGAAUUCGGCAAAGGUUUCGACAACGAGCACGACAUUGUUGAAGCACAAACUGUCGCUCAAGGGAAGAGACAGCAACGGCAGCGGCAGCAGUAACAAGGAGAAUGUAGCCAACAUAUCAAGGCUAAGCGGCAAAUCGCUUAGCCAACCUUCAGGACUGGAUCAUAUAGCAGCUCAGGGCGAAGGUCUUCGACGGUCGAAUGUCGAUCUUAGCGAUUCGGAUUCGGAUGAUUUACCGGGGCAUGAUACAGCAGGCAUUCAUCGACCGAUGGAUGAGCCAGUAUUCGCCGAGGUGUUGUUUUCGUUUCGACCUGCUGGACCCCAGGAACUUGCCCUGGAGAAGGGAGCUCUGGUAGAAGUUUUGAAACGAGAGCCCGGUCCUUGGUGGUGGGGACGGAUCAAAUCUGAAGCAAUACUUUCCGAUCGGGAUGAGGAAGAACGUGUACAGAAUGCCGAGUGUGGAUGGUUUCCUAUGGACUUUGUCAAGGUGGUGCCAACCUUUAGUAAACCGAAGCAGAUAAUCAUCAUUAACAGCAAAACCGCCGGAAGUCGGGAGGACGAAGCCUUGGGAGAACUGAAGAACUGUGAUAUGUUGCAAGACUCGCUGCCAUCGGAGAUGCCACCGAUUCCCGGCACCAGCCCUAGUCAGGAACAGACCAAGGAAAACGUGAUCAAGGAACUACUUGAGACGGAGAUCAACUACGUCAAACUGCUCAAUUCACUGUGCUUAGGUUACAUAAAACCCCUCAAGGAACGGGAGGACGUCUUUUCGGCCGAAAGUGUCAAUAUAAUCUUUUCGAAUCUUGAGAAAAUUUGGCGGUUUCAGCAGACGUUCCUCGAUGCGCUACGGAUAGCGGUUCCGAACAACCGGAUAGGCGAAGUGUUUCUUGAAUACCAAUCGGCUUUCAUGAUCUACUCAUCGUACUGCAAUUCCUACCCGCGAGCCCUAAUGGAGUUGGAAAACUAUGCUAGCAACAAAGAUGCAUGUACAAUUUUAGAAAGCUGUCGCGUGGCCCAGAACCUUCCGGAACUACCGCUUUCCGCGCAUCUCCUGGCACCGAUUCAACGAAUCUGUCGCUAUCCGCUGCACCUGAGCGAACUAGUCAAGCACACGCCCACCCGAAAGGAUCUUCUGCACCUAAUCAACCUGCGCCAAUGUACCAAAUCCGAACUGGAGAGCAUGGACUGUCGGGAGGUGUUCGAACUGGCCCUCACGGCGAUGCGCCGGGUCACGGAAAUGGUCAAUGAAGGAAAGCGUCACAGCGAGUAUCUGUCCCGGAUUCAGUCCCGCUUCGAGAACUUCCAGGGCCCAUCGAUCAACGUGCACAGUACCCGACUGUUCCUGCAAACCGAUGCCAUCCGGAUGUCCCCAAACCUGUGGAACAACACCUACACGCUGUUCCUGUUCGAUCGGCAGCUGAUCUACUGCAAGAAGGAUCUGCUCAAGCGGACCAACUACAUCUACAAAGGUCGAAUCUUCCUGGACAACUGCCGGAUUCUGAACCUACCGGAUGGGAAAAUGUUUGGGGUCACGUUGAAAAACGCCCUCCGACUCUACUGUGACACCCGGAAUAAGUGGUUCGAUUUUUGCUUCCGAAGCAGUAGCAGCAAGUUGCGGUUCCUGAAUACGCUCUCGGCCGAGCGACAAUUCUGCGGAGAAAGUCUGUUCGUGUCGGAGCUUGAUGGAGCCUGUGCCGAUGAAGACAACCUUUCGGAUCGAGAGUACUUCCCGUUCAACGAUGAAAAGGAUGGUUGCAGCAAUACGGACACCGAAAAUAGCAAUGAGCGAUCGGCAGAACUCGCCGAGAGCAUGCAGUACAUGUUAGGCAAUAUGACCCAGAGUGCCAGGGUUAGCAGUAGUAGCAGUGUAUUGAAAGAAUCUCCAGUCAAUAGUUUAGUAGGUGGUAAACAGUUAGGUAACACGCUUCCUAAAAAAUCUCGAAAGCAAGUCAAAGAGCAGCAACAACUGCAACAGCAGCAGCAGCAUGGGCCGGAAUUCGGUUCCCACUCGCUAGGUCGCCGGAAACUGGGUAACUGGUUCCGGAAGGCGAAAAGCACCAACAGUACUCCCUCCCAAAGCCCCACCCAUCACCCGAUGGCACUUUCGCUAGUGGCCGUCAACCAGGCGUCGGAUAGUUCCUCCGCUAGCAGUCCCGGUCUCGGGUACCAGCAGCGAACCCUAUCGGCCCUGUCCACCAAUAGCAAUCACAGCAACCAGGGCAGCAGCGGAAUGCUGCCCACAACGUCAGCAAUGGCCAAAGAGGACGAAGACGUACUGUUGUUCUAGAUCUUCGCCACAUCCGUUGGUAGAUCUUUUGAUCUACAGCUUAAAAUGAAGAUAUGUAUGCUAAAUCAGUCAAUGUUUGAAAGAAAAACAGUCUCGAACGCACAAAACUUCCCUUACUAGAUCCUUACAUUAAAACAGACUUUACAGCAAAGAACAACGGAAUUUAAAAUGGACACGAAAAUUCCUACCCGAUUUGUGAGUCAAAUCCAAAAGUAAACGAAUGGUCUCAUUAAAAUACGCUCAGAUUUUAGAACAUUUCAACUAAGGAGAUGUAGAAAAUACUUUAACAAGACGAAAGAAAGGUGUAUGUGUGUGUGUUCUCUACGCUAAACUGCGUACGUUGAGAUCAACCUUGGCCUUCCCGAAAAAUAAAACGCAAUUUGUGCUGGUCACAAAGAGUACUGCCAAGCGAGGCGCACUUAUUAUCUAAGUGUAGUAUGUUUAACUUUAAAAUCUAUUCCGACUGGUUCUGAAGUUAUCCUUUAAGAGACAGUUAACAGGAACAACAAAAAAAGGAAAAAAAAACAAGCAAGAUUUAACUGAAACCAAAAAAAUCGUAUCAAUCCACACUUUUACAACUGUCGAAAAUAGGAAACUUAAUAAAAAAAAAAAUAAUUGAAAACAGUAUAACAAAAACCUCAUUGAGGGUUAACUAUAACCAUAAAUCUAAGAAUGCGGAGUUAGAAAAAAAAAGGAAAUCAGGAUUCAAAAUUAUUUGUGAACUUCGGUAAAAUUUAAACGAAGAGUUUCUUAACCUCAACCAAAUAGUUUCUUAUUUUAGAAGUUUCUAAUUUUUAAGUCAAAUAUUGGUCAAAUGGUCAAAAGGUCGAAUAAUCGUAAGAUCGAAGGGUCGUUAGGCCAAAUGGUCUCUAAGCUGAAAGAAUGCCAAGCCGAUUAGUCAAUCUCUGGUGCUAGUCUGAAUGACACGUCGAAUGGAUGUCAGGCCAAAUGGACACUAUGCCGAUUGAUAUUAGGCUGAUUGGUCGCUAGGCCGACUGAAUAUUCGGCCGGACGGCCAUUUGGCCAAACAGUUGCUGUUCGACGUUUAUCCAAAACCAUUCGGCCCGACGACUCUGCACCCUCGGCCAAAAAAACAGAUAAAGCUUAGUUCUUUUAGAAAUGGGACACUUUCAUUUGUUAAUAGCUCGUUAACUAGUAAUUGGAUAUUAAAAAUUUUGACAGCAUUUUGUUGCCUGUAAAAAGUACUAUUCGACCUAUUUUUUUCAAAAUUUAAAAUUUACGCGUUUUUGAGAUAUGUACGAUGCAAGAGAAAAAGAAAAAAAUAAUUUUGCACAGUUUCCUUUAAAACUCGUCAUUAUCAAAUUGAUAGCUGACAAAACCGUUGAUUAUUCAAAGAAUUACUGAGUUUUUGUGGUGGAUAAGUCUGCAAACACUGUUAAUAAUGUCUACAAAGUUCAAAUCAAGCAUUGGAGUGAAGCACAUGAUCGACAACAACGGUUAAGGGUCAUCAAGGAAAUCAAGUCUCAUACCAGCAUUUUUAAUUUUCAAUAAACGAAAAACUAAGGGUAGAUCGCUGAAAUGUCCAAAACAAUUUUCUCCGAUAAGCUGAAAGUGUUGCCUAGUGAUGACUCAUUGAAAUCCAACAACAACAAAACAACCUCAAACAACCAUUUUUUCGAUAGUUCCAAAGCUCUUAAUCUGUUAAACCGGUACCAAAAAAAAAACGUUCAAAAUUGUGAUCAAAAAUAUAAUUAAACUUGUUCAUUUCGAAACAACUGUAUCCACUAAAAUGCUUCCAGUUUCUUUUAAAAGAGAAGUAUUGGACCGAAAAGUAUCAGAAAUUGAAGAAGGAGGGUGAAGCCACCUAAAAUAUAGAUUUCACGAAGUAUAAGUUGGAAAAUCUGAUCAAUACCAUGACUGAAAAAAGUGUGCGCCGGCCAAUGGGAGAUACCAAGAAUAAAGUAGAAAUGUCUUAAACAAAAAACGGUAAAUAUUUUUUCUCAAAUUUUUUCAUGAAAGAUCAUAACAUAACCUUCAUUUUCUUCAUAGAAAGUAUUUCGUUCAAACGAUUGGUUUUUAAGAUACAGGCAUUCGUAACUGUCCCAUUUCUAAAAGAACUAAGCUUUAAGUAUAUGAAAAAUGUCUAAUCGUCAACUUAUCCAUUCGGCCUUACGGCAGUUCGGCUUAAUGACUAUUCGUCCUUACCACCACUACGCCUAACGACCUUUCGGCAUAAUGUCAAUUCGGCCUAACGAAGAUUCUGCUUUAAAUCCUUUCGGACAAAAUACCAAAAAAACCUUAGGCCGAACAUCUUUCGGUCUGACGACCUUCGGCAGAAUGUCCAGGUCCCAAUUCUUUAAUCAGGCGCAUCCUCCAGUACUCAUAAAAGAAUCUAGUACAGCGAUAGGUGAGCGUUACGGUGAUAAUCACUGCACUGUGUUAUUGAUUAGUUUCUGUUUUCCAAUUUUCAUAGGGUACUUUGAUUCUCAAAAUUUCGUUCAAAACUGGACCAUGGAAGAAGCAUUUCAAAAAAGUGGUAACUGUUCAAUUACUGUUAUGGAAAUAAAGGUUGGUCCAGAUUUAGGAAAGAUAAAGAAAUGGAAAUCUUAGAAAAAACAUUGAAACAGAAAAAAAAACAAAUUUGCACCCCUACACUAAAUAGUUUGCGUGUCCUCCGAGGACCGAAAAUCCAAUGAACCAAAACCAAAUUUUAAAAAAAAUCCUGUUAAAACACAUACCGUAGAUCAAAUAUUGUUUGUUCUGAGCUGCUUUGAACGUUAUAAGAGAUUUUAUUUUUUAUUUAGGAGACAACGCCCCAGACUCAGAAUCUUCAUGAAUUUAUUUGAUUUUUCUGCUCACGUUUCGAGUAUGUAAAUACGAGAUCUGUUUAAAAAAAUCCCCCGUUCUAGAGCAGCAUAGAAAUAAGAUCUUAAACUAUUGGAAAAUUUGCAUUAAUACAUUUAUUAGUGAAAUUGAAUGAACACAUGUCCGAACCCGCUACUGUAAAUAAUGGAUUUAAUCAAGAAGUUUUUUCUACAACAUGAACUUCUUAUCUUGAAUCAUUUCUUAGUAGAACAACUAUAAGGAAUGUUUGAAAAAAUGCAACACUUUGUUUUGUGAAUAACUUCUGAAGUCAUGAAUAAAAUUUGAUGAUAUUUUCAGCGGAGCCACUUAGUAAUGCAAUGCGUUCGUGUGAAAAAAUUGGUGGCGAUCUAUCAAGUCGUUUUUGAGAUGGCGUCUAGUACAGAAACUAGUUGACAAAUUUUUUUGGCUUGUGAUAAAAAUGGUUAGAAUGUGAUGUGAUAAAAAUGGUUAAUUGAAUGGUUCGUAUAGCUCGUAGACCUUACUUCAUUUCCACAAGAUAGAAAUGCUGCCCACCGGUUAAAUGAACAAAAUACGGUGGUCAAAUCGUGCGCAAAAUAUUUGGACCGCUAGUGGGGAGAUAUUUUGAAGAAAUUCGUAAUGGAUAGCAAAACAAACUCUUUAGCGGGCACCCAGCAGGGUUUCAGCCAGAAACUUUUCUUUGACAAGUAUCGCCUGUAUUUUUCGGAGAUGAUCAAGGAGACAAAAAAUGAAAAAUCUGAUGGCCGGUAAUUGAGGAGGCUGACGAUCUGUGGAAGCUGCGAAUCGGUUAGUGUUUCAUAACGAUUGACACGAUAUAUGGCUAAAUAUACCAAGAAAACUGCCUCCGAAUGCGACCUCCUCCCUUGCAUAACACUUCAAUAGAUCCUGCAAAGUUUAUACUCUGUUUUGGUUGGAUCUGGAAUCAUGCCGUUACGCGGAAACUGUGUUGGAGUGAUAAAAAGUCAAAUAUAUGUUUAUUUGUUUAUUAUCUUAAUAUCAUCUGACAAAGGUGAGUGUUUGAAUGAAUAAAACUGAAAUCUAAAUAUGUUGUUUUGGUGCCGAAGGAGGAAAAGCGACAAAAUUGUCGUAACUUUGACAAAAUUAUGAAUUUUGAGUAAUUUUGAAGGUUAUGCUUCAGGAAAUAGAAAACGUCAUCAAAAAAAGCUUUGAUUUGGAAAAAGAGUGCUUCGUUGUAUAUAAUGUAUACAUAUAAUGUAGUGUAAGGUAGCUUCGGUUAAAAAUUAAAUGGUUCUAAUUUCUACUAAGAUCAAGUGAUUUACAAUAGUGGAAGUUUAAGUUCAUUUGAAACAAUUAAUAAUGGAGAGUUUUAUGAAAUCGUGAAAAAUAUGAAACCCACUGCUGGUAUCGACAAUGUUUCUUUGAAUGUUUUUAAUGAUUCUCUACCGGUAAUAGCAAAUCAGUUGAGACAUAUAAUAAAUACCAGUCUACAAUUAGGGAAAAUACCGUGGCAGUGUUCGACUGUUAUUCCUAUUCAGAAAGAGAAAAAUGCGAGAGAUGCUAGGUUAUAUCGUCCGAUAAACAUGUUGGAAAUACAAGAAAAGGUGCUUGAACUGGCAGUUAAAAAGCAAUUUCUAUUUUUUGUUGAGUCAGAAGAAAUAUUGAUCGACGAGCAAUCUGGAUUUAGAAAACAGCACUCAACGGAGUCUGCAGUAAAUUUUAUACUUCGAAACUGGAAGAUCAAUAUGGAAGACGGCAGUUACACAGUUGCAGUAUUUCUGGACUUCAAGAGAGCUUUCAAAACAAUUGAUCGGCUUAAGCUGGUAGAACUAUUGGAAAGAAUAGGUAUCACCGGAACGGCUCUUAAAUGGUUUAAGCACUACUUAAAUAACCGAUUGCAAAGAACAAAAUAUGGUUCAUUCUAUUCGCGAUUUCGAGAAAAUAAUCUAGGUGUCCCACAAGGAAGUGUUCUGGGUCCCUUGUUAUUCAUAUUGUUUAUUAAUGAUGUGAAAAACUGCCUACGAUAUGGUCGUCUUAAACUAUUUGCUGAUGAUUCACCUCUUGAUUCAUAAAAUAAUAAAGAUUUCUGCUUAGAUUGCAUAAAUAAAGGCGCAAUGCAGGUGCUGUAAACGCCUUGAUGCAACAUCAGUACGCAGCGUGUUGGCUGGCCGGUAGUUCAUAUCGCAAAACAUCAUAUGAAUAUCAUCUGAACCGAAAAUUACCAUGUGUUAAAUGAGUUUAACUAUUUUCUAAUCUAUUUAUUCGAUUUUCUCAUAGUUUAACUACAAAUUCGAUCAAAUUUAAGAAGUUUUUAUGAAAAUCAGGACAAAUCAGGACAUUUUAAGGAUAAAUUUCAAAAAUCAGGACAAUUUGAGAGUUUUUGAAAAAUCAGGACGGUCUCUCGAAAAUCAGGACAAAUCCUGAUAAAUCAGGACACCUGGCACCUCUGGCCAGCGGUGCCAACAUUAAUAUAUAUAUAUAUAAAAAGCAAUUUCUGUAUGUUUGUUUGUUUGUUUGUUUGUUUGUUUGUUUGUUUGUUUGUCCUCUAUAGACUCAGCCGUCUUAAGAUUUGGCAUGGAUGCUCAUUAGGACCAGGAAGGAUGAAAAAUGUUUUCAGAUUUUCGGACGACCCCUUCUAAAGGGGGUCGUCCAUACAAGACAAAUAUUGUUUUCGCGAUAUUGACGUUACUUUUCCUCGGAUCGUAUUGAAAAUUUGCACAUGAGUGUUUUGAAAGACGAGCAAUCGAUUUUAGGUGUCAAGGUGUAUAUAAGGGGUCAUAAAAAGGGGUCGUCCAUAUUUAAUGUCCGCUGUUUAUGCGAUAUUGACGUUAUUAUACAUCGUAUUCAGCUCAAAAUCGAUACACGAUAGUUUUGAGUGACGUGCUAUCGAUUCGAGGUAUCAAAUUCAGUGUAAGGGGCCGGCAAAAGGGGUCGUCCAUAUCAAAUUUUCAAUAUCUUAGUGAUAUUGACGUUUUUAUACAUUGGAUUGGGAUGAAAAUUUGCACAUAGGAGUUAUUAGGAACAAAAAAUUGAUUUCACUUAUCCAAAUUAAAAACAGGGGUCGACUAAAGGGGUCGUCCAUAUUAACUAUUCACUGUUUAUGCGAUAUUGUCGUUAUUAUUUUUGCAAUAUCGUCGUUAUUUGACAUCGGAUUGUAAUGAAAAUUAGCACACGUUAAGUUUCGGGGACGGGCAAUCGAUUUCAGAUGUCAAAUGUUUUGCCAGGGGUCGACGAAAGGGUCGUCCAUAGUAAUUAUGCAAUAGAUUACUUUGAAAAUUUGCACACGGGGGUUUUGAGGGAAGGGCAAUCAAUUUCAGAUAUCAAACAGUGUUAUGUUAUCACCGAAGGGGUUUAACUUUUUGGCAAUAAGAGCGUUGUUAUGCAACGAUCGAGUCAAAAUUAUACACGGGGGUUUUUUGGACGGUCAAUUGAUUCCUGAUUUCAAAUUGAGUACCAGACGACAGAAAAAGUAAUCGUCCAAUAUUUUUGCAAUUAUUACUAAACAAUGAAUUCGGAAGUGCAUCUGGAAAAUUUUCGGCAAUUGACUUUCAUACAAACUGUUCAUGACAUAUUCCAAGUUCAAAAGCGAAACGGAGUUCGUAUGGGAUCAGCUAGUGUUUAUAUACAAAAUGAAAAAUGGAAUGUUACCAUCUUAUUUGAUGGAAGGCCUACAGUAAGGAAUCGACAUACACAGAUACAAUACAAGAAGACCACAAGACUUCAUUGCAAACGCUCUCUUUUCUACAACGGAUUGAAAAUGUUCAACAACUUACCGCCGACCAUCAAAGACAGUAUGAACAUUAACACCUUUAAGAAACUGGCAAUACAGCACAUAAAACAGAUUCUUUGAUAAACAGACUUAUCCUAAAAAGGAUCAUACGAAAGUGAUGGAGAUCUGGCAAAAAAUCAGAUAUGAAAUUGUACGGUGAUGGACAUACGCGGGAGUAAGACGAAAAAGUCGUACAGAAUAAAAAAAUAAAUGUAAAAUUUAAGUAUCCAAAGGAUAAAAUGUCCCUCCCACUUCUAAAGAAGCGUAUGGGGUGGAGGAAGGACCCAAUUGAGCCAAAGGGACCAUCAAAAAAAAAAUCAUCAAUGUCCUCAAUACAUUCAAAAGUUAUUCACAAAAAAGUGUUGCCUUUUUUUCGAAUACACUCCUUACAUUUUUAUGGUUGUAAAAGGUUUUUUUCAUCUUUUCUGGAAAACCUGGAAUCUCUUAUUUGUGUUUUAAAGAUGAUUUUAAGUAUUUUUCAUAAUAUUUAUCAUUGUUUCAUAACAAAAUUUUAAAGCGGACCUGACACCCGAUAAUACUAUUUGUUACUUGGGACUCUAUGUACACAAAUAGUAUUAUUGAGUGUAAAGUAAUUUUUGUCAUUUUUAUUAUACUUUCAAUUUUUCAAACUGCUGUUAUUUUAGUAAAAUUAUUAAUUUCACAAAAUUGUUCUUACUUUGUAUUUUUUGUAGUUUGUGUAAUUUCUUGACAUUUUUCUCAUAUUAAUAAUUUUUAUCAUUUUUGUAAAUUUUUUAUUUGAUUUUCUUUUUUGCUUCUUUAGUCAUUCAUAUUUUAUACAAGACAAGAUAUGCCUUAGGAAGAGGGGGCGGGGAUCAAGAAGGGGUUCAGAAGCUGUUCCAUUCGAAAAUAUUUUUUUUUCAAAUCUAGAAAAGGCUUGUUAAAAAAAACUAGCAAAACUUCAAUCAAAAAUCAAAAAUAUAUUAAAAAAGCAUCCAUAUCAAUAUUUGAAACUCAAUAUUCAGUUUCAUGAUUUUGUUUUGAAUAUGGAAAUUUGAGCCAAAAAAAUCUUGACUGAAUUUUUUUAAAAAAAAUCGAAAAAAGAAGUGACGUAGAUAUAAAAUUAUAAAUCUGGAUACGACGAUAAAAAAAACUCUUGUGUUUCAUAAUAUUAGCAUUUGAAAUUCAUAUUUGGGUUUUUUAUUGUAAUAUUAGAACUUACAAUUCGGGUUCAAAAAUUGUAGCGAAACUUUGUCAUAGAAUGCGUUUUUCCAAUUACUAAAUUUUAUUUAGUAAUUUAACUCUUAUUAAAACAGUUGAAUAUGAUGUUCAAUUUCGAAUCCAUUACCCGUUGCCUAAGUUUAGACAAACACAAAUUCAAUAUGAAUAAACAUUAUUUUUCAGAUCUAUCAAAUUCCCCUCCCAAGCCAAAUUUGGUUACAUUUCCAAAUCAUUAAAAAUAAAAUUAAUAGAGUCUCCCUGUUGAACAAUCGAGAAAUCAUUUCUCGUACCCCAAUCCCUUCUAUGCAAAACUCGCUGUAUUGGUGCCCCCCCAGCCAACAAUUUGGUAGGUAUAUCAAAAGAUAUACGUACAUCUAUGUCGACACAAAUCAUCGUACAUGACGUUAGAAAAAAGCAUAUAUCUACCAAAAGUGGAGGCAAUAUACGUACAUGUUUUCUGUACGUACAUACAUGUUCAAUCUGACGAUGAAUUGACGAUCUAAGUCACCCUUUAUGCGAGGUGUGCCGAACUCUUGUACGACUUGAAGCAAUCUGUCGAUAGAUUGGCGAUUUAAGUCACCCUUUAUGCGAGAUGUUUUGUACUCUUGUAUGACUCGAAGCAAUCUGACGAUGGAAUGUCGAUUUAUGUCACCCUUUAUGCGAGAUGUGUUGCAGUCUUAUACGAUGUUCAGAGAUUUUAACAUCGAUUGACAACUUAAGUCACAUUUUAUAAGAUGUGUGUUGUAAGCUUGUACGAUAAGAUGCAAUUUGGCAUUUGAUGGACACUUUCAACGAUAUUUUAUGUGAGUUGGGAUGUACUCAUGUACGAUUUGUAUCAUAAAACGAUUGUGCGGACCAUUUUAUGUAGCAUGUUAUGUGUAAUAUUGUGAUUGAAAUACGACGCUAGGAAGAAAUAAAAUUAAUUGAUGAUUUUAACUGAUUUUUAUUAUAACUAACAUUGAAAUUCAAUACAUAUAUAUUCGUAGGUACCGCAACCGGGCAUUGUCCCGCUCGCUACUUUCCUAACUGCCACCGCCUCCAUGCCUCCCUCAGGAUCUUUGACGCCUUUUUCUUCCGGGUUUACAGCUGAAAUUGCCGGGCCACAAUUCUGUCCGUAAACAUUCCUUGAUACUCGUAGUAUGCACAUGCAAAUCGCCGGGGUCAUUAUCAGGCGGGUUUUUUUAAUCUGAACCUAGUAGGGGAGAGUAAUCCUGUUAUUUUUGAAAGGAAAAUGUUAAUGAGGUUUCUGUCCAACGUUGUUUUUCCAAAACCUACCUUUAUUAUUUUUUUUUCAUCCGUUUGCUUGUUUGCUUUGGUCGUCAACUUUCACAAAAUUCAAAUGAUUAUACAAAAUUGCAAGCACGAUCGCAAAAUUGCACAUCCACUGAACACGAUUUAUGCUUUCAAAAUCACAUCACCACUUCGAAUUUUAGUUCCAGUUAGAACUUCUAGGCGUGGUCUUGUGGUAGCGUAUUCGAUCCUCACCACGAAGGUCGGUGUCCGAUCUCCAAUACGGGCUAGUUUUUUUUUUCAAUAAGUAAUUCGGUAAUAAGUGAUCUUUCUGAUACGAUAUAUGUAGGAAAUGUAGGAAAGGAGCAAUUGAGCAAUUUGUCGAGUUUGGAAUCCGGCGCGUGGCAUCAUGGCGGCAUCAUCUACAACAUAGUAAAUAAUCAAGAGAAGGUGUGAUAUGAACCGAUGCCAAGGGUGCAAUUAAGAUAGAGAUAUGAAUUUUUGCUAAUUUUAGGAUUUCUUGGAAGCUGAAUUAAAAGGCUACUGGAUAGAAGAUCAUUAAGGCUUGUUUUGGAAUUUGAAUGCUUUAAUAAGAACUUAAAUUUUGAGUUGCAUAGAACAUCUUAUAUAUAAAAAUGGAGGCGUUUUCUUUGUAACACCACCACGUAUAAACGCCAAACGGUCGAUCGGAAUGAAGUAAAAGUUUCAAGAAUCUGACUUUUCAUGGAAGAGGGGUCCCCAUACAAAAUCAACUUUAAAAUGGACACAAGCCUUACAAUUUUGUUACGAUUUUCUUUAAAAUCGAUUCUCGAGUACGAUGAAGUUAAGGACGUGAAGAUGAAAUAAAACAUUUAUUACGAUUUAUUCAAAGGUAAAACGAAGUUUACCGGGUCAGCUAGUACUUCAUAUUAAUGAUAAGGUUGAGUAAGCUUUUUUGUUCCUGUUUUAUGGGACUUUUGGUUGCUUGGGAUACUCCUAAUAUUAGAAAAAAAAUCUUUAAGAACAUUCAUCAGUCAAACUUUGUACGAUUUUGUUAACCCGGGCUUAAGCCUUCCAUUUUGUAAAAAUGAUAAAUUCUUAACUUGUGCUCGAUACUUUUUAAACAGAUCUCAUAUUUGAAAGAUUUUUUUCAUUUUUUUUAAAUAGGCAUUUAAAUACAGUUCACAAGAUCGUUAAGUGUUGUCACGGGAAAUUCCUUACCUUCAAUAGUUUUACCUUCAAUAUUUAUAAUGCUGAUAAAUUCUCAAUCAACUGUAAAGAUAAAACACUAAACUAUAAACAUUACAGAUCCAAAUACAAUUGCAUGAUUAAUUUUAGGUAGGUAUUAUAUGUUUUUUAUGCUUGAAGUCCCAAUUCAGUUCAUAAGUCUAAUCGUUCUCUAAAAGUUGGUCGUCUGAGUUAGUUUACCUGGAUUAAAUUUUGCAUUGAAAAAAGUAAAAUAUAGCAAUAGUAAGUAAAAAUCUCGUUUUUUCACUGGUUUUCCGUUUAAACAUAGAUUAGGCAUAAAUGAAAAAAAAAAAUUUAAAAAUACAAGAAAAAAUCAGUGAACAUCACUACAGGGCAAUUGGAAGAAAACAAAAGUCUUACACAUUAGGUGGUUCGAAGACUCUUUCUCUCUCUCAGACUCUACGUUUUAUGCGUUCGUUGUAGGUUAAAGGACAGUUUCCGGCAAGAGUAGAGUAUCAAGUUUUGAACAAGCGCUGACUACGUACAGCAUAACUUUAGGCAUUUAGAGAUUUGAAAAGGUUACUACCUAAAAUCUAUACCUAAAUUAUACAAUUAAAGUUAGAAAAACGUUGAAAGAAAAUCGGCCAGGAAUGAACUCAAAAAUUCCUAAUUGUAAUAUUUACAGUUUGAGAAAGUAAACAAACACAAAAAAAACACAGACAUUUCACAGGAAUCAAUUAUAUGGAAAUCGCGGCUAAGUUAUAGUAAUUGAAAAAGCAGAAACUGUAGUGGAAUAACGAUAGAGUAUGUAUAUCGGUUAGAAACAAUUCGAAGUAGCAUUAAAGAACAAAAUAGAAGAAUGUUUUCCAUUAAGAGUAAGACCAAGUGACAAAUUCUAAAACCAAACUACAUAGGUCAAGAAGAAAAAAAAACUAAUACUGUGAAGCUAGACUCUAUACAGCCCUCUAUGUUGGUGUGCGUGUGUGUUAGUUAACUCUACGGAAUUGAAAACCGAACAAAAAAUGUUGAAGCUUUUCUUCUCAAGACGGUCCACGGCACAAAAAAACUUUGAAUCAAUUAUUAAGUAUUUUUUGAAAAAAAUAAUGCCCACUCAACAUAUCUCUGACCCGAUUGUUAUUAUUAACUGUCACGAAUGUCAAUAUUUUUUUUCACUAAUAUCUUACGCAAACAGUAGAAGGAAAACUGGCAACAUUUCUUCUAAUUGAGUUUCUUUUAAAAAAAUGAUUUAGCUUUCUCCAUUUAUUCAACCUUAUUUCUGAAAUGACGAACUUACAAGAAAAAAAACCUUUCAAAAAAGUCUCUUCUAUGCCAAAAACAAAAUAAAAAAAAACAUAAAUUAAACAGGCUUUUAUGAAAAACUAUGUAAAGGUCAACAAACUUUUGUAAAAAAAUUUUAACAGUCGUGAAAGCAGGAAACCAGUAAAUAAGUUGCUCACACCUUAAGUGUUACCAUCAUUCGUAAAACUAAAGCUAGUUGAAGUAAGUGUUAUUUAUUAAAACAAACCAUUUGUUACUUGUAUCAAGCAAUCAGUUGGACAAAGUCACUAAUUAUAACAAUAAUAAAAAAACUAACAUUAAAAACUAAACCGAAUAAUAACAAGAUGCUGGGAUUCGAACGUUGGGUAUUAGGUAAACAUGGCUAAGAAAUGGUUAAAUGGCUCUCAAAAUAAGGGAUCAGGUACAGGUUCAAGGUGGCGAUUGAAGAAGUAAAGAAAAUACAUUCGUUAGUUUUUAUGAGGUCGAAAUUCCUGCAAAGCCUAUUAAAGUUGUAAUGAGGAAUAAAGUUGAUAAAGUGAU